AAACAUUUUAAUGAUGAAAGCUUAUAUGAAAAAUUCUGGAGUAUAAAAAUUGACAAAAAAGACUCUGAUGAGGAACAUGAACUGUUAAACGAGGAAAAGGAAGAAGUAUUUUUUGAAUGUUUAUACCACAUUUGGAAUGAAUUUAGACUAUGGGAAAAGCCAGAAGCAUUAGCAUUGGUAAUUUCAGGGACUUUUUGAUGCCAGAUUUUAGCAGAAAGAACUUCAACAAAAGCACACAGAAAGUGAAGCACUUUAUGGUUUAUAAUUCUUUGUAUUAUGAUCAUAGCAAAUAUUCGAAUUCAAGAAGUUUAAUAGAAUUUCAUCUGAAUCUCAUCGACCGUACAGACAGUUUAGAUCCUUACAAUUUGUAUAAACUUUUUUACAUGUUUGAGGAAAUUGGAUUUCACAGCUCAGAACAAUCCGUCAGGAAUCCUUUUAUAGAAAAGCUCUUCAAAAAAAUUAAUAAUGAAGAACCGAAAAGAUAUGAUGGGAAAAGUGAAUUGAAAUUACCAUGAAAACAUUUCUUAAUUGGAAUUUUAAUGAUAUAUUGGAAACAAGAAGCAAUUGAGUUAACUAGUAAUUUAGUAAUCAAGCCGGUUAAUAAUCAAGAAACAUCAGAAAGGAACAACAAUGGUACACAUCAAAGAUUAUACUUUGGUCUUUUAUCAUUGAUAAUGAAUAAUAAAGAAAAGGAAUUUCUUGAUACAGUUUUUAAGGAAAUGGAGAACAUGGAAAGUACACAACGAUCAUCAACAACUUGAUGAUAACAACAUUUUUCAUUUCUAUGAGAAAUAUUUAACAAAUUUCAAUUUCGUCCUUCUUUAUGCAGCUAUGAAGACUAAUCAAUCGAAUAUUAUUGAUGAAAUUUUUAAAUACAACAAUUUUCUUAUAAGUUGUCCAACAUUUCCAGUAAAUAUUAUUCCUGAUGAUAUUCAUUACCAUACGAUAAAAUGUCUCGAAAAUAGAUAUGAAUUGGAAAGAAACGAUAUUCCUGAUAAUUGGAUACGACAUCAUAAUUUCAAAAAAUUCUUAGACUCGCGGCUAUCAUCUCAAGAUAAUUUUUAUGAAAUUGAUUGUCGCUUCUUGCUGCCAUCCUACAAUUUUGAAGAGAAUAAGACAAUUGAUUUGCACGAAGAAAAUAAUGAAGAUUUUAUUUUUAAUGAAGAUUAUGGAUCAAUGGAAUAUAUCCUUAAUCAUCAUGGAUUGCAAUCAUUAAUUACGCAUCCAGUCUUCGAAACUAUCAUUAAUUUGAAAAUACAAAAGUAUGAUCGUAUACUCUUUUGGAAUUUCUUAGGAUUUGUGUUGUUUUAUAUCAUCCCAACAAUAUUUUUAGCACAAAGACUGCAUUCAAAUAUUUUACCUCCAAAUACUAAUAUAUCAUGCUACUCAAGUAACUUAACUUUCGAAAAUAUAAUAUCGAAGGAGUUUUUAAAUAAUCAAUGGCACCCAGAAAAUGAUACUGAUACUUAUACACAUACAUCUUCAUAUAGUUAUCUCUUUUUACGUCCAAAACGGUUUGCUCAAUACUGCCAGAUUAAUUUACAUUUGCUUGCGUGAAUUCUUCCAGUAUCGAGUGAUAUACAAGGAAAAAUAUUUCAAAAUGAGUUCAAAUUUAGUUGAAAUGUUUUUAAUUAUACUUCCAUUAUUUUUAUACUUUGCAUUGGCUGUAUUUUCUAUUUUCCCGUGAAGAACCGUUCUGUGCGGUUGGAUUUAUUGAAGCUGUUAAUAUUCUGGUAAUGAUUGUUGCAACGGCAUUCUUGUGCUCGACUCCAAAAUUUUCAGCACAUUUAAGGUGUUAUAAAAAGAUCUUACUAUCCUACAUGAGGGUCUUUUUGAACUUUUUCCCGCUAUUUAUGGGACUAUCUGGAUUAACACUUAUUAUUUUUGAUGAUAAUCUUGGUGGAACUUAUGCAGAUUUUCAGCAACUUGGAAGUUCCUUAAUGAAGUUAAUUGUGAUGUAUUCAGGAGAAAUGGGAAUUGACCAAAAAGACAUUUCUGAGAUUCUCCAGAAAAUUACUAUUGCACUAAUUAUAAUCAUCCUCAUCAACAAAGCAAAUUUGAUCAUUUCAAUUGCAGCUAAUGAUAUACAGACAUUAAUGCAUGAAUCAAGGCAGUUAAGUCUGUCAGAUAAUGCUGAAAAAUAUGUAGACUUCGCAGAACAAUUUAGGGUGUAUUUUGCUAAUCAUGAAACUGAAGAUAUGAAAACUGUAUUUGUUAAACCUUUGUUGAAGAUGAUAAAAAUUUUUGUUGGAAAAUAUCCUUAUAUCCAUCAACUCCAAAUAAUUUAUAUCGAUAAACAAACCCGAGAUAUUUUUGUUGAUACCGACAAUCCAAUUCAUAAAUUAACAGCAAAUGCAUAUUUUUUAACAAGAUGAUUUUAUAAAUUGUGGAUGAACAUAUUUGGAAGCUUUAAAGUAGAUGCAAAAAGUGUUGAAGAAAUUCAUAACAUUUUAAUGAAAAAAAGAAGUCGAAAUAAUUGAUUGAGCAAAUGUCAUCACAAUUUUGAUAAAUCAUCAUAUAUGAUUAGUGUCUAUCGUGUAAAGAUUUACAUUUUUUCAAACGAAUAGUAAAAUUUGUAUAAAUUAUUUAAUUUUGUUUAUUAACAUAAAACCGGCAAAUUUAAAAAUAGAAAAAAAACAUGUAAUGACAACAUUCAUUGAGAGCUUAAAUAUUCUUGUGAGUGUCUCAAAACAUUUUCUGAGAAUUCAACAAGUGAGAAUCAGUAUCAAGUCAAACUAGCAAUCGUUCACAUGUGUUUCUUUAAUGACCUUGUGUCGAUAUAUUUAUGAACAAAUAGCUGAAUUUUGGAUUGAUAAUAAUUUUUCUUACUGAUACUUUAACUGACAAGAAGUAAAAAGAAUAAAAUGGAUUUGGCUAUGAUUGAAAGGAAAAAUGAUGUUGAAAACCAACUUCUUAAAUCAGAAGAAGAAAAGAUACAGAGAAUUAGAGAGAAAAAAUAUUUUAAAUACAAAAAUGAUUUAAAGAGUUUUGAAUACAAUGAAAAUAGCGGACAUAAGAAUAUUUUCAAGAUCUAUCCAAGUAUUUUUUCAAAAAAUAAAAAGGAUUUAAGCAAGUUUGAAAAAAUAUUAACAUCAAAUGAAGAUAAUUCAGCUAUUAUUAGUAUGGUGCUUAGAAAAUUUGAAAACGAGGAAUUUUUAAGAAAGAAAAUCGAUCUCAAAUCUGUCAUGGAAAAGCAUGUGGCAAAUGAAGCACAUAUAAUGAAUCUAUUCAGCUUACUGAUGUUUGAUUGGCAUGAUCAAAGAAUACAUAAUCGAAGAUAUAACUUGAUUCAGAAAUUCAAAGCAUACAAAGAAGUUUGUCCAUCUUCGAAAUCAUUAUUUGACAAAAUAUUUCAGAUGUUUGAUUCAGAACAACCUAAUGGAUAUCAAAGUAUAUGUAUGAAAAUAAUCUUUUACUAUUUUGAAGAGAAGAAAGUAUUAAGUGAAGAUAAAAGUAAGGAAGAAUUUACUAGUGAUAUUAAAGGUAUUCAAGAUUUAAUAAGAAAAGUUCUGAACUUAAAAGAAUCUGAAUAUAAAACUCAGAUUUUAAAGAUUUUUUUUGCCAAUCUGCCAAAUACAAAAGAUAAAGAAUACAAUAACUUGGUAGAUAAAAUUAAACACGAAGUAAAAUAUGAUUUUGGAUAUUCUUCUGUAUGCAAGAUAUCAUAUGCAUCAAUAACGAAGCAUUGUGAUGAAAGGUUCUUCAACCUCUUGUUCUUCUUAAAAGAAAAUCUAGUCGUAAGAUUUAAACUUGAACUGGAAGAUUUUAUUGAGAUCAACAAGAAGUUUUACGGAGAAUUUUGGACAAAUGCAAUCAAGACUAAUGCAAGAAUACUUUACCACACAGCCAACAGUCAAGGUUUAAUUGAAACUCAAGAGUUUAUUUUAAUAAGCAUGCCUAGUAUCGAUAUUAAAUCUCCUGUAGUAUCCAUUUUUACGGAAUUAUCAGAAUUUUAUACUGUAUUCAACGAACCAUUAGAAGAUGAUCAAAAAUUUAUUAUUAAAUACUUGGACACCUUUAUUUAUAAUAUGUCCGAGUUUGAUGGAAUCGAUACUAGUAAUUUCAUAGAAUUAAUAAAAAAUGAUGACAUAAUUCGAAAACUUGUAUUUGGAAGAAAAGAUUUGAACAGCGAAAGCUUUUUCGAGAAAUUUUGGAGUUUAAAGCUUGAUGACAAAGAUUCUGACAAUGAACGAUCAGAAGAAGAAAUUUAUAAAGACGAUAAAUUUUUAGAAUGCGCUCGUCAUAUUUGGUAUGAAUUGAGAUUAUGGGAAAAGCCGGAAUUGUUAGUAAUGAAAAAUCCACUUUAUAAAAAUAUAUUCAAUUAUAUCCUUGAUACCAACAAUGACAAACAUUUAAUGUCCUUUUUAAUACCAGCACCAAUUCAAUUAACAGAUAAGCGCAACAAAAGUAUGCAGAAACUUAAACAUUACAUGGUAUUAAAGAACUCAUUGUUCCACGAUUAUAAUCGAUUCAACAAUCAGAAAUGUUUAAUAGAUUUUCAUUUUAAACUGAUCGAGAAGAAUAUGAAAGAAGAUCCAUACAAUUUAGAUAAUUUAUUCUACAUGUUCGAAGAAAUUGGCUUUUAUAGUUUGGAACAAGAGCACACAAAUGAUUUCAUUAGAGAUUUUUUUGAAGAGAUCAUGAAUGAAGAUCCUGAAAAGUUUGAUGGCCAAAAAGAACUUAAAUUACCUAGAAAGCAUUUCCUUAUAGGCAUAAUGAUGAUCUACUGGAAAGAAGAGGGUAAAAAUUUGAUUGAAAAAUUUGAGAUUGGGUCACAAACUUCAAUAGACGAAAAUGAUAUGUGUCGAAAAAAUUUAUAUUUUGGACUUUUAUCUCUGAUAAUGAACAAGGAAGACAAAACAUUUCUUAAAGAAUAUAAAACAGAAUUGAGGAAAAUCGAGUAUUGCUUUAAGUUUGUUUAUAAUCUAGACAGCACUUACGAAAGCGAUCAUCAAAAAACUGACGAUGACAACAUUUUCCAUUUCUAUGAGAAAUAUUCUACAAAUUUCAAUUUUGUUCUUCUUUAUGCAGGUAUAAAGACUAAUCAGCCAAGAAUUAUUGACGAAAUAUUUAAAUACAACAACUUCCUUAUAAGUUGUCCAACAUUUCCAAUAAAUAUGGAACCAGAUGAAAUACAUUAUCAUACGGCUAAGAAAUUCCUUGAGAAUAGAUAUGAGUUGGAAAGAAAAGACCUACCUGAUAGUUGGAUACGCCAUCAUAAUUUCAAAAAAUUCUUGGAUUCUCGAAUAACUUCACAGAAUGAUUUUUAUAAAGUAGACUGCCGUUUCUUGCUGCCAUACUACAAUUUUGAAGAGAAUAAGACAAUUGAACAUCAUAUGGAAGCAGAUGAAGAACUUUUACUGAAUGAAGAUUAUGGAUCUAUGGAGUAUAUCCUUGAGCAUCAUGGAUUAAAAUCUCUAGUCACACAUCCAGUUAUGGAAACUAUCAUAAACUUAAAAAUACAAAAAUACGAUCGCAUAUUAUUUUGGAAUUUUCUUGGAUUUGUUCUGCUUUACAUCAUUCCAACAAUAUUUUUGACUUAUUUUCUUCAUUCAGGAGCUUCAUCAGAAAAUAAGAAUGGCACAAACUCGUCUAGGAAUGAGUCUAAUGAUACUGUCGAGACUAAUAGUUUGACAAAUAACAUAACAUUAGAUAUUAGUGGUAUCAACUCAAUUUCAUCGAAUUAUAUAUACGAACACACAAUCAAUGCAGUUAGACUAGCUUACAUUUUCUUUAGAGAAUACUUCCAAUAUUGCGUAGUUUACAAAAAGGAUUACUUCAAAAGCAAAUCUAAUUUAGUCGAAAUAUUCUUGAUUAUCCUUCCAAUAAUCUUAUCUAUUGGUAUAGAAAUGUUCAGCUACUUUAAUCAUCAAGAAAUAUUUGUAUUCGUGGGAAUUGUUGAAGCCACAAAUAUUCUUAUUAUGAUUGUGGCAACAGCACUUUUGUAUUCGACACCCAAGUUUUCAGCUCAUUUGAGAUGCUACAAGAAAAUUACAUUGUCCUACAUGAGUGUCUUCCUGAACUUUUUCCCUCUUUUCAUUGGACUUGCUGGAUUAACGCUUAUAUUAUUUGAUUCAAAAGUUGGUAGUGAUGAAACUCAAAUGUUUCAGACUCUGGGUGGCUCUAUAAUGAAGUUGAUAGUGAUGUAUUCAGGAGAGGUAGGAAUCGAACCCAAUCAAGUCGUGUUUUUUCUUCAAAGAAUUACAAUAGCAUUAAUCAUAAUCAUCCUCAUCAAUAAAGCAAAUCUUAUCAUAUCAAUAGCAGUCAAUGACAUACAAACAUUAAUGCAAGAAUCAAGACAAUUGAGCGUGAUUGACAAUGCUGACAAAUACGUUGCAUUUGCAAAGCAAUUGAGAAUAUUCUACGCAAUCAAUGAGUGGGUAGUAAAAUGAAUUUAUUAGUUCUAUACUAAUGACUUUUAUUUUCAGCAAUGAGAUGACAAGAAGCCAUUCUACGAGCUUCCUUCUGUGGUUAAUCAAAAUAUUCAUAAAUAAAUAUCCAUAUGUCCAUCGCUUACAAUUAAUUUAUAUUGAUAAAUUAACACAUAAUGUCUUCAUAGAUGCAGAUAUACCAGCACAAAAGUUGAUAAGUAGCGCAUCAUUUUGGACUAGAUGGUUCGACAAGCUUUGGGUGAGCGUAUUUGGGAUGUUUAAAGUUAGUUCAGAAAGCAUCGAAGAAAUUCGUUCAAUUGUAGUGGAAACUAAGCAUGAGAAUAAUUUAUGCAAAUGUAACAAUCCUGAAGGAGGAUAUCACCAUGAACGGAACAUAAAUAAUAAGCAUGCAUAUAAUUUGAUUUCACCAUAUCUUGAAUGAUCUUUAAUAUGACAAUAUCAGAAAUCUGUAAAUAAAUGAAUAUGACACUCUUAAAGUCAAUUAUACUUUUCAUAGCUAAUUUAUUUAAAAUAAUGUAUAUAUACAUUUAAUGAUUUACUGUAACUUCUUAUGAAAUGCUCGAAUCUUAACCAUAAGUUUAAGGAAUACAAAACAAUAAUGUUGAUUAAACAAUAAUUGAAAUGAAAUGAAGAAAUCAUAAGUAAGUGAAGUUUCACCAUUAAGAGAAUAUUAACCCGUUCUUUACUAGCGUAACAUAUAUGUUACGCCAACUUUUUCGUAAAAUUCUCUUCAGUAAUUGAUUUUUCAUUGAAUCUGAUUCAUGAUUUACAUUUGUAGCUAGAUCAAGUACCUUCCUUAAUAUUUCUUCUUGCUUAAUUAUGUAAAUUGGAGAAGUUAAUUAAAAUUUUCUUUUACAUGGAAAAUUUAGUCAUUUUGAAACUCAAAAUUUUCACAUUUUCUGUCACAUUUUUGAUCAGGACUGGACAGAUUUAUAAAGUAAAUCAUCUAUAAUUAUAGUUAAAAAGACUUUAAAAAUAGAAUAGCAUAGUUAAAUACAUUAAUUAUGUGACGAUAAUAAAUGUAACAUAUAUGUAACGCUAGGAAAAUACGAUAUAAAUUGCCUGUUACAUAUAUGUAACGCUAGUUUCUUGCAAGUAUUUUAGUUUUUCGGAUUUAAAAUAUGAUUUAAUUAAUUAAAUUAAUUUGGCUUUGAAUUAAGCCAAAUCAUUUUGUGUAGUGCUUAAUUAUGAUAAGAGCGAAUUACUAUGUGGCAAAUAUUAUAAAAGUAGUGUUUAAUUAAAGAUUUUUUUACAUUUGAAAAAAGUUUGAUAAAAAAAUUAUGAGAAAAUUUUAAAGUGAUUUUUUAAUGAUUAAUACUGAUUUCGCGUGAUCCAUAGUGCAUUGAUUAAUAAAAUAGAGUGUAUAUAAUGAGCUAAGAGAGGUCCAGAUGCCAAGAAGUAUUUCAUUUUAAAGAUAUGACAUAAAUUAAAAGGGUGAUGUACAGUUCCCAUUAAUUAGACAAUCACGAGUCACUUCUGAACUCAUCUUUUUUGGCUUUGAUAAAGAUUUUCACAACUAAAGUUUUGUAAAACGUUGAGAUUAAAUUAUUUAUACACAAUAAGCACUGACACUCAUUUUAUUUAUAAUGAAAUUUAGUGAACAAUUACAUUAAAUAUGUCACAUAAUAAAUCCCUUACAGUAUUCAAGAAAACUGCGAAUAUCGAAUUGCUGUUAAGUUUUUGUAAACUUUAAAUUGUUUUUAUAUUGAAUCUGAAAUGAUCUCUUAUUUGGAUAUAAGUCAAAUACAUUUAAAUCAUUAAAAGCUCAAUAAAGUCUCGAUUUCACUUAAUAAGAUAAACUUAUAAAAAUCUAAUUUUUUCUUUAAAAAUAAUGAGGCAUAGGGGGUUAAAAGUCUAUUUGAAUUGGCAUAAAAAUACUAAGUUAUAACAUUAGAUUACUCUAAAAAGUGCUUAUCAAAUUAGAUAGUAAACAUCUGAUCUCAACUUAGUUUUAACUUUGAUUUAACUUAGAUUUUAAAUUCACUUAUACACUGCAAUAGGAAAUAAUGGAAUUUUAUAAAAAGCAUCUGAAAUUUAGAGCACCGAUUGGCCUAAUCUAUAGCUAAUAUGAUUCACAAUGUCUAAAUGCUUUAUCCUUAAUAAAGUUGAAAUUAAGUAACAAGCAACUAGCGCAUUGAAAUUUCACAUUAUGAUACAACAUGGACACAUUGAAGAUUGUUGUACCGUGUCUGGUGAAUGUCUUUCUUCUAUUCCAACAACUUGUGUAUUUUGUUCUCGAUUAACACCAUUAUUAGAAUAAUCUUUUUGUUGUCCAUCAAACUCAUCAUUAUUCGUAAAUUUGUUAUUUUCUUCUUUCUUGCUAGGAACUUUUGCUGGACUUGAUGGGUUCAAAAACUCUUUAAUCUUUGAUGCCUCUUUUCUAUUAUUUUUGAUAUCUACUAAAUUUUGAUUUUUAUUUUUUGAAGAAAUUUUUAAAGCUCCAUUAAGACACUGAUAAGAUUCAUCAACCAUUGAAC